AUGUUGAAGUCAGCAGGAGGAGGAGGAGGAGGAGCAAAGUAUCGGUCUUACCGUGCGUUUACAAAUGAGAAUGGUGGUGGGUCAGUGAGGGACAGGAGGAGGGAUGAGCGGGGCUCUCUUUCCUUCCCUUUGUCUGCCCUUGGCCUUUGGCGCCAACCAGGCAAAGCAUUUCCCGCCGCCGCAAUUUUAUUUUUGGCGGUGAAGGAGCAAAUGGAAAUGGAAAAGGAAAAGGAGUGGUGGGAAGGCGGCGGCGGCGGCGAUGAGUGUCGUCUUCUGAUUGCACCUAUACCUCGGCCCACCACAGGAGACGGUGGUGCUGCUGCUGGUGGUAGUGGCGGUGGUGGUGAUCUGGGAAUUAAUGGAUGUUUUUUAUCGCUUCGACAUCCGAAAUCGGGGAAUGCGACAAGCUAUCUCCUUAGUAAUGAUAACGAGGGACCAGUGCUCCAAGAACUUCACUGGUUCAAGCAAUCUUAUACGUCUUGGUUUCUUGGUGAUUAUGUUUCUCAAGAUGGGGGCCUAUACACUGCCACUCCUGUUGAUCCUGUUUUCAUUUUGUUACCUAUUUUUGAGGAAGCAAGAAUGAAGAAGAGGGAUGAUCUAGGGAAGUUCAGGCAAUUAGAUGAGAUACUAUUCAUCAAUGACUAUCCUGGGUAUCAGCAUCUAAUGUCCAUUGCAGAGAACUCUAUGAAAGCAUUUAUGGGAUUUGAUUGCAGAUUAAAUUUACUUGAGGCAACUAGUAAAUUGCCAGAAGCUGAAAAUUUUCUGACCAAUGCACAAUAUAAUCCAGCUCCUUCCAGUUUGUUACAGGAAAAGGGUAGGAGUGAAGAUAAAACAAAGAGAAGUGGAAAGCAAGCUAAAAAGGCUAAAGUGGAGACAGAAUCAAGGAACAUAAGAGAAAUGUUUAGCAGGGCUUGCCGGAGAAGCUAG